AUGAGGAACCUCCUUAUUGUCACCUGCUGUCUGAUAGGGGAAUGUGAGUGGCCAAAUAGAAACAUCCAAAUCAAAACUGAAGAAGGCCAGAUUAGGGCACGAAAAGGGAGAUUUUCUCUGUAUGACGACAGAACAGCGAGAGUCUUCGCUGUGACCAUCACUGGACUGACCCUGGAGGAUGCUGGGACAUACUGGUGUGGAAUCAGAGGUCUGCUUAUGGAUGUCUUCUCCAAAGUUGAACUUAUUGUUAAAAGAGCUCCGCUGCCUACUCAGACCCCAGCAGCCACACCCACACCCCCACCUGGAGCCACCGAGGGCGGGGCUUACUCCACAGCAGCCAGUCUUGAUGACGGCUUAACCACUCUGAUGUACAUCACAUAUUCCUCAUGUAGGAGAAGAAAUCCAAGAAGUGGUAUCAUGGGAUCCCUACAGCCUACAGACAAGGCUCAGGCUGAGUAUGAGGAAAUCAAGGAUUCAAACCAGCAACCACAUGCAGACACUGCAAUCAACACCAUCUACUGCACAGCCAGCUCUCCCAAAGACUCUUCUGACUCCCUAAACUACGCCACCAUCAACUUCCCCAAAAGCCCAGACUCUGAGGAUCAGUCAGCCAUCACCCUCACUAAAGACUCCACUGAAUACUCCACUGUGAGCUUCCACACAGACCCUCCUAACUCUGAUAUCUACUCAACUAUCUUCAAUGGAAACAGUGACAGAUCUCCAUUGAUGGGUAUACAUUGUGGAAGCAUUCUGCCCAGCCCCUUUGUCUCUGACUCCAACGCCUUGACUGUGGUCUCAUACUGGGACAACAUCGCAUACCGUCCUCGUUUCAUCGCCACCUAUAGGAUGAUCGACAUUCCUCCUCAGAGGACCAAGAGAUUCCUGCCAAUCUGA